AUGUCUGUUUGUUUGUCACCAGCUUUAGACUUGCGGACAACAACACACCCACGUCGUUGUGAACCGACCACCAAUCCUUCCUCAAAGAAAGCCAUUUAUUUGAAAUUAAAUAAUUAUUAUCCAAAAUUUAUAAAUAAUAAUAAUAAUAUAUUAAAAAUGAACGAUCGUAGCAAAGUUGGACUUGUCUUAUCAAUCUUAUGUAUCCUAGUUGGUCUUUUGAUCAUUGGUUGUGGUAUUUAUGUUUUCGUUGAUAGAGCAUGGUACGAUAUUAAAGGUUUCGUCAUUGCCUGUAUUUUCCUUUUAUUUGGUGUAUUCAUUGUUAUAUUGGAAUUUGUAUUCCCAGCAAAGAUGGUUUAUCUAUUUGGUUUCUACACAUUUUGGGCUGGAAAGGGUCUAUUCUUUUGCAUUCUUGGUUUAUUGAUUCUUGGUAACCAUGGAUUCUUCUUGUUUGCUGGUAUUGUGACUAUUGCAGUUGGAAUCAUUCUUACAGUAGUCCAUUUCAUCGGUGCCGUUGGAUGCCCACGUCCACUCAUUUCAGGAGAUGGAUCAAUCAAAUCUACCAAAUCAACUACCACUACCACCACUACAACCACCCAUAACAACGUUUAA